AUGUUCUCCAGGAAGGGCCACGCCGAUGUCAGGAAAUCCACCCAGAAGGCGCUGGACCCCAAGCGGGACGUGCUCACCCGCCUCAAGCACCUCCGGGCGCUGCUGGAUAUUGUGGAUGGAAGUGACCUGAAGCAAUUUUUUGAGAACAAUUAUUCUCAAAUUUAUUUUAUAUUCUAUGAAAACUUCAUAACACUGGAAAAUAGCUUGAAACAAAAAGGGAAUAAAUCACAAAGGGAGGAGCUGGACUCCAUUCUCUUUCUUUUUGAAAAAAUAUUGCAGCUACUACCUGAGAGGAUUUUUUAUCGAUGGCAUUUUCGCAGUAUAGGAACGAUUCUGAAGAAACUUUUGCACACUGGAAAUUCUCUCAAGAUAAGAUGUGAAGGAAUCCGACUGUUUCUUCUCUGGCUUCAAGCACUUCAGACUAACUGUGCAGAAGAGCAGAUAUUAAUAUUUGCAUGCCUUGUGCCUGGCUUUCCACCCAUUAUGUCCUCACGGGGUCCCUGUACACUAGAUAACCUCAUUAGUCCUCCUAAUUCGCCAGACGCUAAGAUUUUCCCGGAAGAAAUAACCCCACUUUUGCCAGCUGUCUCUGGAGAUAAAAUUGCUGAAGACCAAACCUGCUAUUUUCUUCAGCUACUGUUAAAAUAUAUGGUAAUUCAGGCUGCAAGCUUAGAGUGGAAGAAUAAGGAAAACCAAGACACUGGUUUUAAGUUUCUCUUUACCUUGUUUAGAAAAUACUAUCUUCCUCACUUGUUUCCAUCUUUUACAAAGCUAACCAACCUCUACAAACCUGUUCUUGAUAUUCCUGAUAUAAGACCAAGACCGGUAUACAUUACUGCAACGCGAAACAAUGAAAACGUCUAUAGCACAAAAAUCCCGUAUAUGGCAGCUCGGGUUGUUUUUAUUAAGUGGCUUGUUACCUUCUUUCUUGAAAAGAAAUAUUUAACUGCUGUUCAGAAUACAAAAAAUGGAGGAGAAAUGCUCCCUAAAAUUAUUCAGUCUGUUGGUGUUGUAAACCAAGAUAAAAGCACAGAGCUGGAAACCAGUAUGUCUUAUGCGAGCGAGCAGGAGAGAAGCCAUUCUAACAGCAGCACCUUGUCCGACAGAAGGCUCAGCAAUUCCAGCCUCUGCAGCAUUGAAGAACAGCACCGGACCGUCUAUGAGAUGGUGCAGAGAAUCCUCUUGUCCACUCGAGGAUAUGUUAACUUUGUCAAUGAGGUGUUUCGACAAGCUUUUUUAUUGCCGCCUUCUGAUAUAUCUGCAACACGAAAAGUGGUUAAGGUAUAUCGAAAGUGGAUAUUGCAAGAGAAACCUGUGUUCAUGGAGGAGCCAGACAAAAAGGAAGACAGUCAGGAUGCUGUUGUCAACUUAGAGGAUUCAUCGGUGCAAAUGGAUGGUAAACAUCUUUCCUCUGACCGUUCAGGACAUAAGCGCUCAUCCAGCUGGGGAAGAACGUACUCCUUUACCAGUGCUGUUAACAGAGGAUGUAUAUUAGAAGACGAGGACAAAAAUGUUAAAGCUGGUGCUCAAGCUGCGUUACAGGUAUUCUUGACAAACGCUGCGAAUGUUUUCUUAUUGGAACCGUGCAUUGAAGUCCCUGUGCUUCUGAAGGAGCAAGUUGAUGCUUGCAAAGCAGUUCUGAGUAUCUUCAGGCGCAUGAUAAUGGAAUUAUCAAUGAAUAAAAAGACAUGGGAACAGAUGUUACAGAUACUCCUUAGAAUAACAGAAGCUGUGAUGCAGAAGCCAAAAGAAAACCAAAUGAAGGAUACAUUUGCUCAAAGCAUGUCAGGAUUACUUUUCCGAACCCUCAUUGUGGCUUGGAUCAGAGCAAACCUGAGUGUUUACAUUUCUCGGGAGCUGUGGGAUGAGCUGCUUAGCGUUUUGUCCUCCCUGACGGACUGGGAGGAGCUCAUAAACGAGUGGGCCAAUAUCAUGGACUCUCUAACAGCGGUGCUAGCAAGAACAGUGUAUGGGGUGGAAAUGACAAACUUACCCUUGGAUAAGCUCAGUGAACAAAAAGAAAAAAAGCAGAGAGGAAAAGGUGGCAUUUUAGAGCCUCAGAAGACUGCUGUAGUGGGAAGAUCUUUUUCAUUAAGCUGGAAAAGUCAUCCAGAAGUUGUGGAGCCAAUGAGAUUCAGAAGUGCUACAACCUCUGGAGCCCCAGGAGUUGAGAAAGCAAGAAAUAUUGUUCGUCAAAGAGCAUCAGAAGUUGAAGAAUCUCAACAGCUGGAAAAUUCAACAGGAACAGAAGCUAUGGGCCUAUUUGCAAACCAAGAGCAGCAGCUAACUCGAAGUAGCAGCACUUCAGAUAUUACAGAUCAGUUUCCAUCUGAUUUUUUUCAAGGUAAAAAGGCUGGGAGUUCUCAUAAUUUAACUUCUUCAGACUCCAAAUCAGUUCAGGAAAAUAUGGGAUAUACAAAGAAGGAACAUGAAGCUGAGCAAGUACUAGUACGAAGAAGCAGUAGUACAGCUGAAUUAGAUUUGAAAGCAGACUCACAGCAAUCACAUGGAAAUUAUAGAGAGAGAGAAAAAAGUGAAAGUGUUAGCAGUGACACAUCCAUUGGCUAUAAUAAUGAAGUAGAGAUCGCGCUUGUCCCCUGGCAAGCUUCUGAAGAAGACCGUGAAGUUAAUGCGUCAGCAGAUGUUUGUGUGGAUCCUGAUGCACCUCGCUGGCUUCAGCUUAGUCCUUCAGAUACUGCAAAUUUAACAGACAGUAGUGAAUUCCUUGCUGAUGACUGCAGUAUAAUUGCUGGUGGAAGCCUUAUUGGUUGGCAUCCUGAUUCUGCUGCUGUGUUAUGGAGGAGGAUCUUGGGAAUUCUUGGAGAUGUGAACAAUAUACAGUCACCUAAAAUCCAUGCAAAAGUUUUUGGGUAUCUUUAUGAGUUGUGGUAUAAGCUUGCAAAGAUACGGGACAACCUUGCUAUAAGUGUGGACAAUCAGUCUACUCCCUCUCCUCCUGUCUUAAUUCCUCCUCUCAGAAUAUUUGCGUCAUGGUUGUUCAAGGCAACCACCCUGCCAAAUGAAUAUAAGGAAGGCAAACUUCAGGCAUACAGGCUGAUCUGUGCUAUGAUGACUAGGCGUCAAGAUGUUCUGCCAAAUUCUGAUUUCCUGGUUCAUUUUUAUUUUGUCAUGCACCUUGGCUUAACAAGUGAAGACCAGGAUAUCUUAAAUACAGUCAUAAAGUACUGCCCACCUUGGUUUUUCUUCCUGAGCUUACCUGGCUUUACGAUGCUGAUAGGAGACUUCAUUACUGCGGCAGCCAGGGUUCUGAGCACAGACAUGCUGGAGGCUCCCCGUUCAGAAGCUCACACCAUCCUUGGUUCUCUUGUUUGCUUUCCAAAUAUCUACCAAGAAAUCCCACUCUUGCGGCCCAUUUCAGAAGCCGGUGAUAUCAUUGCAGGAACAGCAGAUGUGAAGUGCUACCUCAUAAAUAUUUUAUUGAAGAAUGCUACAGAGGAGCCAAGUGAAGCUGCAAGAUGCAUAGCCAUUUGUGGCCUUGGAGUUUGGAUAUGUGAAGAACUAACGCAGUGCACAAACCAUCCCCAAGUGAAGGAAGCAAUCAAUGUCAUAGGUGUGACACUGAAGUUUUCUAAUAAACUGGUAGCUCAAGUAGCCUGUGAUGUUCUUCAGCUUCUGGUUUCUUAUUGGCAAAAGCUUCAGAAGUAUGAAUCCUCUCUGUCCAGAAAAAUUACUGAAAUCCUUGUGGCCACUAUUGCAUUUCUUUUGCCUAGUGCUGAAUACUCCUCUGUGGAAGCAGAUAAAAAGUUUAUAGUUUCAUUGCUACUUUGCUUGUUGGAUUGGUGUAUGGCAUUACCCAUGAAAAUGCUACUGGAGCCGGUAUCUGCUGGUGUUCUUGAAGAUCAACAUGCAUCCAAAGCUCUUUUACUGGACUAUAUUUACAGAGUUCUGCACUGUUGUGUGAAUGGCUCCAGCACGUAUACUCAGCAAAGCCACUAUGUGCUGAGUCUGGCAGAUCUCUCCUCUAGUGAUUACGACCCAUUUUUGCCACUGGGGAAUGUCAAGAGCUCUGAGCCAGCCCAGUGCCACUCCCCCACGGAUUUGGGCAACCUGCUCACUGUUGCCGAGGAAAAAAGGAGGAGGAACUUAGAAUUGAUACCUUUAACGGCACGGAUGGUUAUGACUCACCUGGUGAAUCACCUGAGCCACUACCCACUCAGCGGAGGCCCUGCCAUUCUCCACAGUCUCCUUAGCGAGAACCACGACAACUCCUAUGUGGAGUCCUCCGAGCUGUCCUCAGAAGUCUUCCGGAGUCCCAACCUGCAGCUCUUCGUGUUUAAUGACAGUACUCUUAUAUCUUACCUCCAAAUCCCCGCAGAGAAGACAACAGACACUGAACCAGCAGCAACCCCCUCGGAUGUAAGAGUAAUUGUCAGAGAUAUCUCAGGGAAGUACUCCUGGGAUGGCAGAAUAUUGUAUGGACCUCUGGAGGGCUGCCUUCCACGGCAAAGCACAACGAGCGCAUUUGUGAUCUCGGGCAACCCUGAGCACCACUGCAUUUCCCAGAAAGACAUUUCUCAGGUGGAAGAAGGAGAAGACGCUCUUGACCAAUUGUUGGAAAAGAUUGGUAACACCAGUCCUGAAUGCCUUUUACAUCCCCAGCGAAAGCUGAAUGAGCCAUCACCACCACCCUUUGGUAUGAGCUAUGACCAAGAGAAUACGAUCACUGAAGCACUGAUGAGGCAGAGCACCCAGGAGAAAGAGUAUAUAUUUAAAUGCAGCUCGGACUUAAGUAUGAAGGUGGCCUGUCAAGAAGAACCACGUCCUGCUGAACCUCAAGCAUCCUUUUAUUUCUGUCGGCUGUUGCUAAAUGACUUGGGAAUGAACUCCUGGGAUAGAAGAAAAAGCUUUCAUCUUCUUAAGAAAAAUUCAAAAUUACUGCGAGAACUGAAAAAUCUGGAUUCCCGCCAGUGCCGUGAAACUCACAAGAUUGCAGUGUUUUACAUUGCAGAAGGACAAGAGGACAAAUGUUCAAUACUGUCCAAUGCAAGGGGAAGCCAGGCUUAUGAAGAUUUUGUUGCUGGACUGGGCUGGGAGGUUGAUCUUUCAACACACGGUGGGUUUAUGGGCGGCCUGCAGCGCAAUGGUAGCACAGGACAAACGGCACCCUAUUAUGCUACCUCUACCGUGGAAAUCAUUUUUCAUGUGUCUACAAGAAUGCCGUCAGAUUCAGACGAUUCACUGACCAAAAAGCUUCGUCACUUGGGAAAUGAUGAGGUUCACAUCGUCUGGUCUGAACACACCAGGAACUACCGCAGAGGCAUUAUACCAACAGAUUUUGGAGAUGUUUUAAUUGUUAUUUAUCCAAUGAAGAAUCACAUGUUUUUCAUAGAGAUAAUGAAGAAACCGGAGGUGCCAUUUUUCGGUCCUCUCUUCGAUGGAGCAAUUGUGACUGCAAAGCUGCUGCCAAACCUCAUAUGUGCCACGUGCAUCAAUGCCAGCAGAGCCGUCAAGUCACUCAUCCCGCUCUACCAGAGCUUUUAUGAGGAAAGAGCUCUGUAUCUCGAAGCAAUAAUCCAGAACCAUAAAGAAGUAAUGACAUUUGAGGAUUUUGCCGCUCAGGUCUUUUCUCCCUCUCCCAGCUACUCCCUCGGUGGAACUGGCUGCCUCACCACAAGUGCGAGCGCUGACCUUACUGUCACCGUAGGAAUAGAGUUAGCAGACCAGACCUCGCCCACGUUACCACGUGCCUCCAAGAGCAGAGUCUCUGGGAAGCUUCGCCGCUCAGCCAGUGCUCUCAGCAAGUCUUCCAACUGAGGUGCUGCGGGAGCAGAACUCCAGCCGAGGAAACCCAAGAGACCUUAAAAUGGAUAAAUUAUUUACUGCAUCUACAGAACUUACCUUUUGGAUGAGCACGUGUUGAAGGGGACGGGCAAGGGGUUUGCUCUGUAAAAUUGCAGUUCUCGUAUUCAGACAGACACGGCCGAUGAUCAGGUAUCACCUGCAUUAUCAUCACGCAUUUCACUCGAUCAUUUCCGUCACAAAGAGAACGAAGGCGAUGGGAGCUCUCACUACUGGUGUGGCAUUGGGCUGAUGGCAGCAUGCACUUCUCCCCAAGCACUUGUGCACAAGUACUGGUGUCGCAGCAAGAGGACACAAACCAGUACUGAAAACAGUUAUUUAUUGUAACUUUAGAGCAUUGCUGUUAGUCAUUCCGGUCAACACUUAAUUGUGUAUUAGGGAAUUUUGUCUAAAUACAGGUUUUCAUAUGACUAGCCAUGUAACAAAUGCUCCUCUCCUUUGAGUGAUGGAGGGACUUUCCAGUCUGUGUUCAGCCUCUGCUCCCUUUCUGUUGUCUGUGGUCAUCCAGUGCCCAUUUUGUGCAUGUAGCUAAGAAUUAAUAAUCAUCAGAGGUAAUUUACCUAAAAUUCAGGAGGGUACUGCCAAUUUCACAAAGUGGCAGCACUUGCAUUAAAAUCUGUUCAAUUACGGUAUCGUGUUCAAGGUGAUACGUCACUACCUGUUGUGUAAAACCCUGAAGCCGAAGAUGCUCCAGCCACCGCUCAGGUGUGCCCGGUCCGGCAGAGCAGAGGACCAGGCUCCUCUCCUUGGUGCCCAUCAGGUGCCCGCCUGCGGUACAGGUGUGAUUACGGGGGUGGCAGCAUCCAGCGCAGGCGUGAGGUUCCGGUGAGCAGCUAUUGCGCCAGCUGGGUUCAACCAUUUACCUUCACAUC